AAGAAAGCGCCCGUCGGGUGCACGCAUGAUUCUGUUGUUAAAAAAUGAAAUUGCCGCUUCGUAAGUGCUAUCAUGCGGCAAAAGUGGGUUUAUUUCUGUUAAUAGUGGUCACAAUUUUGGCUCUAUAUGAACAAUGGAGAGGAGGAAAACGCUCAGCCCGCGCUGAAACCUAUGACUCGGAAGACAAAUAUGAGAAAGAGAUUUUGGAAGACGAAGCGCGUAUUAUUCCUGGCCUAGGUGAAGGCGGCGUCGCAGCAUAUUUGACUGGUGAAGCGAAACGCCUUGGGGAGGAAUCCGAGAAGAAACUCGCUAUAAAUGUUUAUUUGAGUGACCGUAUCGCCUACAAUAGAACUUUAAAAGACUAUCGUAAUCCGGCAUGCCAAAGAGUCAUUUAUGAUGCUGAGCUGCCGUCAGCUUCGGUGAUAUUAAUAUUCCACAACGAACCCUACUCUGUGGUCAUCCGCACUAUAUGGAGCGUCGUGAACAGCGUGAGACGGACUAAUCCUUGGUUUGCGAAGGCUAACGAUAUUGACCGAGAGUCCAGCCGGACUAUGACAAUGGGCUACCCAGGUCAAGACCCUUCCUCUCCAUUCGUUUAUCUCAAGGAGAUCAUUCUGGUGGAUGACAAAUCCACCCUUCCCGAGCUGAAGGGCAAACUGAGUCACUAUGUGAGGACUCGUCUACCACCUGACCUGAUACGGAUAUUGAGACUGCCGCAGCGCGUGGGUCUGACCCGGGCGCGGCUAGCUGGGGCUAGAUAUGCCACGGGCGAUAUCCUAGUGUUCCUAGACUCGCACUGCGAGGUGCAAGAGGAUUGGCUGAGGCCUCUCUUACAAAGGAUCCGGGACUUCCCCCACGCGGUGGUCGUCCCCAUCAUUGACGUCAUCGAGUCCUCCAACUUCUACUACAGCGUCCAAGACCCCGUGAUAUUCCAGGUAGGUGGUUUUACCUUCAUGGGACACUUCACAUGGAUCGAGGUUCCAGAGAGGGAGAAAAAGAGACGCGGAUCAGACAUAGCGCCGACGUGGUCGCCAACUAUGGCGGGAGGUCUGUUCGCCAUCAACCGACAGUACUACUGGGAGCUGGGAGCGUAUGAUGAGCAGAUGGCUGGGUGGGGGGGCGAGAACCUGGAGAUGUCGUUCCGGAUAUGGCAGUGUGGUGGCACGCUGGAGACGGUGCCGUGUUCUCGCGUGGGUCACGUGUUCCGAGCCUUCCAUCCAUAUGGGCUACCAGCUCACACAGACACACACGGCAUCAACACGGCUCGCAUGGCCGAGGUGUGGAUGGACGAGUACGCUGAGCUGUUCUACCUGAACCGACCCGACCUCAGGAAAAGUCCCAAGAUCGGUGACGUCACGCACCGUAAGAUCCUCCGGGAAAAGCUGAAGUGUAAGAGCUUCCAGUGGUACCUGGACAACAUCUACAAGGAGAAGUUCGUGCCUGUCAGGGAUGUCUUCGGAUACGGGAGGUUCAUGAAUCCGUCCUCGGCGAUGUGUCUCGACACUCUUCAGAGGGAAGGUGAAGCGACAGCGUUGGGUCUGUAUCCGUGUCACAGUCGCCUGGAGCCCACGCAGCAUCUAGCGCUGUCCCUCGCCGGGGAACUCCGGGACGAAGAGAAGUGCGCCGAAGUUCAGUACGAGAGAAGUCCAGUGGGUUCCAACGAGAACGUCAGCAGGAGAGUGUUGAUGGUCACCUGUCACGGAAAACAUCGAGGCCAGCACUGGCGAUAUCUGCCGACACAACAGAUCCAGCAUACGGAGAGCGGCCUCUGCCUGCACAGUACAGGCAUCUCGGGGUCUGACGCUCUGGUGAUGCGAUGCAGAGCUGGCGGUGCGCAGGUGUGGGUCAUCGAUUACAGCGAGAUCAAUGAUUUUAGAAUGAACGAUAACGAGGUGCCGAGUGAGCAAGAAAUGAAACUAAAAAAGCUGCGAGGCCAGCGCCGUAUCUCGCGAUCUCUCCUGUCGUACGAGGACGCGACCACCAGGCGACACCACAGGAAGAAGAAGCACAAGAAGAAGAACAAGUUCAUCCUCAAGCUGGUGAGGAACGAGACGGAGCACCUGGAGGUGGACGUGUACUGCAAACACGCGCGGCUCUACCCCAACAACAGCUUCGUGCGGGACCUGGUCACCAUCCUCAACGACAAAGACAUCAAGGUCAUCAACAACGGACGUGUCUUCGAACGGAACAAGGUGUCUGAUGUCGUGAACCGGGAGCACUCCGCCGUGACACUCACCACCGACACCGUCAACCCCUACACCGCCGACACCCCGUCGGACUACCCUCAGACGAAACCUCUGAAGAAACGGAAGCGGAAGAAGCACCGACCGGUGGCCGCGAGCCCGGAGCUCGGAGACGCCGCCAGCAACAAGGAGGAGGAGCAGGCUGGAGACCAGGACGACCUGAACAGGCCCGGCUCCAAGAAGAUCAUCAUAGAAGACUUCGUGGAGAUCAAACCCAUGGGGGCCCUGGCCAAGCACCUGAAGAAACGGAAACGGGCGAAAAAAACCCGGAGCACGACCGGCGCGCCGCGGGUGGGCGACUGGGAGGACUCCAUGAGGAUGGAGAGUUCAGCUGACGACUCGCCCAUGGUGGAGGCAGACGGCCGACCCGACACAGGGCGACGCGCCCCCAGCAGCUCGCGGGCACCUCGGCGCUCGGACCUGCUGCCUCAGAACAGAGCGCUCAACGCACAGGCACAGGAACCGGUGAAGCUCAUCAUGAAGAGCAACGUCACCCUCAAGCUGGGAGACGAGUUCUUCACCUGGACCAAGAGGGGCCGCACCGCGGACGAUGUGGCCGACAUCCUCGGCGAGCUCAUUAUACCGGACACGGCGAAAAUCAGUCUGGAGAACGAGACGAAGGAGAAGGAAACGGAAGGAGUUAAGGGGAACAAGGAGGAGUCGGGGAGGAGGAGAGACUCCAGCUCCUCGGAGAGUGGACAGGCAGACUGAACCCUGACUCGCCUUGCAACACGAUCGUGAUCUCUCUACACCCACCCCACAGGCCAGGGUGCUGUCCCGGAGGUGUUACAAAUCGUGAGGGUAGUCGGGAACUCUUGGUAGUAUAAGUAUAGCGUUACGUAUCGUGGCCGUCCAGUGUACAUAUCUCUUAGCAGUACAUAAAGUGACAACGAAGCUGUCUCGCGGUGCUCACUCACGGUAAUAGAAUAAAAAUAAUUGCUCCGACAGUAUGAUAAGGCGCCUGGUUCUCUAAGUUGUGUUUAUGUUUUUAAAAAAUAAAUGCUACGACCGAA